AUGGUUUGCCAUUGGCAUCCCUUUUCGGGCCGUGAUGUGCCCAUUUCUAACGGCUCGGGUUUCCUGGUGUCUCCGGAUGGGCUCAUUGUGACCAACGCACACGUGGUGGCAAACCGGCGGCGCGUGCGGGUGAAGCUGGCCAGCGGCGAGCAGUAUGACGCUGUGGUGCAAGACGUGGACCAGGUUGCAGACAUUGCUACCAUCAAGAUCAAGCCUAAGCACCCGCUGCCCACCCUGCCCCUUGGGCGGGGGGAGCGGGGGAAGGGCUGUGGGUGCCGCGAGUUUGGGAACUCCGGUGGCCCCCUCGUCAACUUGGAUGGUGAAGUCAUUGGUGUGAACACUAUGAAGGUGACAUCAGGCAUCUCGUUUGCCAUCCCCUCAGACCGGCUGCGGAAGUUCCUGCAAAAGGAGGAGCACCGCAAAAGCUCUUGGUUUGGCAGUACGGAGACAAAGCGCCGUUACAUAGGAGUGAUGAUGCUGACUCUUACACCAAGCAUCCUGGCUGAGCUGAAGCUGCGUGACCCCAGCUUCCCCGAUGUCUCCUACGGAGUGCUGAUCCACAAAGUGAUCAUUGGCUCCCCGGCCCAUCAGGCAGGGCUGAAGGCAGGUGACGUUGUGCUGGAGAUCAACGGGCAGGCAUCGCGCCGCGCAGAGGAUGUGUAUGAGGCCGUGCGGACGCAGCAGAGCCUGGCCUUGCUGGUGCGACGUGGCUACGACACUUUGCUGGUGAGCGUCAUCCCCGAGGUCACGGAGUAGCAGUGCUGUCGUGC